AGUUCGUAACGGAGAGCCGCAGACAGAAGCGCACUAGCAUCCCACAUAAACAAUCUAUUACAAAGCUGUUACCAUUCCCAGAGACUUGACGGAUCAUUUCAUAACAUUAUUCUGCUUUAAAGCAGGAUUCGCCGGCGGGCAGAUUUAAACAAAGACCUCACUGAAUGCCCAACCAUUGUUAUUUAUAACAAUCAACUGUAGAAGAGCUUUCACACCAUUGCUCAGGAUUUUGAGUUAGAGUCAGGGGAGAUUGAACAGAAGACUGUGGUAUGUCAGCAAUAAAGACGGAAGAUGCGGCCAAUGGCAAGAGUGUCGCUAACGGAGGAGUCGUCGUUUCUGAAGAGGCCGGAGUUACAAUCCUCCGGCCUACAGACCUUUCAGAGAUGUUGGCAGCAGGAACUAAAGAAGUUCACGAGAAGGCAGAAAACACGGCGUUUGUCAAAGAUUUUUUGAGGGGACGAAUCCGCAAGGAGCUUUUUAAGCUUGGCCACGUGGCUUUAUACUUCACGUACUCUGCCAUGGAAGAAGAAAUCGAGAGAAAUAAAGAUCACCCUCACUUCGCUCCACUCUACUUCCCCAAUGAACUCCACCGGCGGGACGCUCUGGCACAGGAUCUGGAGUAUUACUGUGGUGAUGACUGGCAAAACCAGAUCAGCUGCUCUCCCGCCACUCAGCGCUACGUGGACCGUAUUCACCAGGUCGGCCAGGACGACCCUGCGCUUUUAGUUGCUCACGCUUACACACGCUAUAUGGGCGACCUGUCGGGUGGUCAGGUGCUGAGGAAGGUGGCCCAGCGUGCUAUGAAGCUGCCACCGACUGGAGAAGGGCUGAACUUCUACGAGUUUAAUGGUAUUCACAGCGCCAAGGCCUUUAAACAGCUGUACCGCAGCCGCAUGAAUGAGCUGGACCUCGACACGGACACCAAAGAGAAGAUUGUGGAGGAAGCUAACCGAGCUUUUUACUUCAAUAUGGAGGUUUUUGGAGAACUUGAGGAAGUUGGAAAGACUCUUCAGGAUGAUGUUUUGGAUGCAGCACCUGUUCAUAGUGACAUGGAAGGAGACACCAGCCAGUGUCCUUACCACGCUGCAAAAAUGGCUGCCAGUGGAGGAUCAACGUAUAUUUGCCAGACGGCCAUGACUGUGCUCAAAAAACCCUCCGCUCAAGUCAUAUUGGCUGCCUGGAUCGCCGUCUUAGCCGGAUUGGCUGCUUGGUACCUCAUGUGACCUCAUAUGACCAAAUUAGAGGAGGAGAGGGUCAGAUAUUAAAACAUUCGUGCUUUAAAAUUGUGAGCCAUUCCACACCUUGAACCAUUUUCCUUUUAGUGUGACCAAUUUGACCUUUAGUUCUCGGGUACAUUCAAUGUAUAAUAGUGACUUAUUAACAUACACUCUUUAAUGAAGGAUAGCAUAGUUUAGCAUUUUGUUGUAACAGUCUUUAUCGAUUACUUUUUAACCUGUCUGUGAUUAUGAAAUAUGAAGUUAACGGUUGAGAGGUGCAGAAAAAGGCAGGAUGUCAUCUUGGGCCCAAAAAAUAUUCUUCGCAAGUACGUAAACGGAAGUGCUUCUGGCUAACCGAGCUCUAUAUCACGUGAUUUGAUGUGCUAUAGCGGGAAUUAGUGCAUCAUUUAAUUUAACUUCAAUUACUUACUACUUAACUUAAUUCAACUACUGCCAUUACUGCACUUCAACUGCACGCUUGCAAAGUGUUUGCCAUGCAUUUUGCGGACUUGUGAAGUAUAUUUCUAACUAUAUGAUAUCAUAAAGGUUUUUACUACAAGGACAUCGUUGGAUGGGCCCAUUUGUCAGGCCAUUUUAAAUUGCAAUAUGCAACGCAUAAAUGCACCGUUUAAAACAAAGAAACACAUUGCAUCUGCAGUGCGGACUACUGCAAUGCCAGUUCACUUUAUUUGCAGGCGAAAUGGUUAAUGAAGAAAAGCCUUUACAAAGAGGUUUAGAAUUGAAGAAGAAUUGCACAUUAUUAUAUUUGAUCACAUCUUGUUUAUAGAACCAGAUUUCUGUUAUUUGUCUUCAUUGAUGGCCAGUUAUCUGAACCAGAAUCAGCGGUUUUGAUCGAUAUUGGCUUUUUUAAUAGCUGAUGCCAAAAUCUAUAUCUAGAGAACAGGAUUAGGCUGAUAUUUGCCUAUAAUACAAUUUACAGAUAAAUAAUUAGAUGGACAUAAUUUGUUUUUUUUACACAAUAUUUACUCAAAAGCAGGGGCAAUGUAAAAAUGUCAACAUAAUACAGUUGUGGCGGGGCGGGUCCGGGUCGUGAUUCUGCACACCCGACCCCUAAUCAGGCUAAUCAAGCCUUGGAGAGGGAUAAAGGCCGACUGGAGACUGCAGUGGGACAGAGAGAGAGAUUUACAGACACCUGUGUGUGUUUGUCUUUUUGUUUCGUUUUCCAUUAAACAAUUAUUUAUAUUGUCAAUCCGGUUAUCGCCUCCUCCUUGCCCAUUUUAAUCCCUUUACACUGAUGCCGAAAUCCGGGAAGGAGGAGGGAUGCGCCGUAGUAGAGUCCUCGCCACUACCAUCCACCCCAAUGGAGCAGCCGUGGCCAUCCACCAGAGGACGACCGCGAGGGGAGGAGGGGCUCCCAACCAACCACCUGGAGCGGUUACCGCUGCCAGGGACAGGGGAGACCCCUACCGUCCACCAAAAAUGUGGCGGGGCAUUUCAUCCACUAGGGGCUGGAGGUCUGCCUCCGAUUCGUUCGGGAGGCUGUCGUCCAUCAGAGGGCAGAGGAGUGGCCGAGAACCAAGCUACAUCGGAGAACCGGCGAGUACGUGUUUUUGGAAUUAAUGGAAAGGAGGAGGCGAGAACCGGCUUGACGAUAUAAAUACGUUUAAUAAGAAACUUAAACAAAAAGACAAACACACACACAGGUGUCGGACAGCUGUUGCAGCUUCCAGUCGGCCUUUAUCCCUGUCGGAGGCUUGAUUAGCCUGAUUAGGGGCCGCGUGUGCGGAAUCACGACCCCGCCCACCCUCCGUCCUGCCACAUUAGUGUAUAUAAUACAAUUUAACAACCCAAAAAUUGCUGAAUUUAAAUGAACACUUACUUGCCUUAUUUACUAGAAAUUCAGUAUACAGUAAAUAUAUUGGAAAAUCUGUCGAAGAUUGGAACCAACGAAGGCUCAAUUAUUGGCCGAUGCAGUUUUUCUUAAAAUGGCAGAAAAAUCUGCUCGUCCGAUACUUCCGUCUAUUACCUUCACCAAUAAUCGUUAGAUAUUUUUGUGUGUUUCAGUGCAAUUCAAACAAGGGAACAACACUGAAAGGGAGUAUAACUACACAGCAAAUGUGUUUUUGUCUUGUUUUUCAGUCUACAUUUACUUUUAUUCAUUUGGCAGAUGCUUUUGUCAAAAGCGACUUACAGAAGAGGUCGACAUUGUAAGCGAAUCAUCUUAAGGAGACAGUGGUACGAAAAGUGCUGUAUUACAGUUUCACCAGCAUCACAAUCGUAUUCAAAACAGAUUAAAGUGCAACAAGAAUUGUGUUUUGUGACUGGUUAAGUGCUCAUGGAAAAGCCAUUUUUUGGGAAGUUGGGAAGGUCAUUCCACCAACGUGUAUGAUGAAACUGAAAGUCCGGGAAACACUUGUUGUGUUGGUACAACAAGGCGCCGUUCCUUAGCCGAGGACCGCAGGCUUCUGGUGCGAAUGUAGCUCUGCAGAAAUGAUUUAAGGUAUGCAGUCUAAACAUAAAGAUAAAUGUAUUUGUACUUAUAUUUUUUAACACCACAGCAUGUGCAAUGUUCACCAAAGCACUGUGAGAUGAUGCACAAGGAAAGGGUCACAGUUUUGAGUGUCUGGCCUUAUUUACUGAGGCUUGCGUAUUUAAAUGCACAUUUAACAAAGUAUUUUUCUUAGAUGUUCAGAAAGUGUGCACUAGUCCAGUGUGUGCAGAGUGUUUCAGAAAUGUAUAGUUUUAUAUAAGAACUAACACAAUCACUUCAUUGUUCUGAUAAAUACUGUUGUUUAAAAAUGUCCCAUGUAUAACCAGAAAGUUUGUACUGUAUGUUCAUGGCUUGGAAUUUGUGAACCAAAGGAAAUGUUACUUGCAAUGUAGAAUUCUACAUUACCGAUUACGGUAUUGGAACAGGUCGCAAUGUAUUUAAAGUGUUUUGCAACUGGAUUGCUUUGAGUUCUCAUAUGGUAGCUUAUUGUGUCUUUGGGGGUUGCUUCAAAGCACUUAGAGAUGACAGAAAUUGAGUGGUGUACAGUGUUUUUCCUUUAGUAAAUCCUUUUGAAACAUUCUCCAUAGCGUAAUAUUUAUUUUAAAACUUUGUGGCAGAACAGCUUGACAUUUGGUGGUAUAAAACCUGAUAUAUUUCCCUCCAUGACUAGGUUUAGAAUGGCAUACUACCAAACGAAGACCAUUUCUGCAGUAUGUAUACAAAGCUCGCUAAAUGAAAAAUGCAAUGCAGUGAGGUCAACCAAUGAGCCAGUUUACAUGCACACCAGUAUGCUGAUAACUCCCCAAAAUCAGCUUAUUUAACAGUAAUGUGAUUUUAAAUAAUCGAGUUAUUCUCUGCUUUUGAUAUCAGUAUGCAACGGGUCAUCCGCACGACACUUGCGUUCAUUAGAUAAGCCGGUAACAACGCUGUUAAAGGUGUUUGCAUGCAACGUUAAAUCUGGGUAAUGGUUAAAAAGUCUACCCGUGUCGUUCUGUUUUUCAUAAGCCGUUUAUGACCGUACACGGAUCAAGGACAUCCGUUAAAUGCAUUUACUUGACCACACACAUUGUCGGCUUAUUAAGCAUAACCGAUGUUAGAUUAUCUACAUGCACGCUCUUAUGAUUACAUCUAAGGUCACUGUAACGUAGUUCAAUGGAAAGGAGGAGGCGAGAACCGGCUUGACAAUGUAAAUAAUAUUUUAAUUAACAACUUAAACAAAAGACAAACACACACACACGACGGACAUGUCCGUAAAUGAUCUCUCUCUCCCGCACGAUCCUCUGCAGUCGACCUUUAUCUCUCUCGGAGGCUUGAUUAGCCUAAUCGGGACCGGUGUGUAGGAUCACGACCCGGCCCCGCUCUCCGCCCUGCCACAUUUCUCCCUCGUUCUCUCAGGCUGGGGAGCCCCCAGCAUGACGUACGCCCCCCCCCUUCCCUAGGGGAGGGCGUGCCCUAAGCCCUGUCUGCCGGUAGGUCAUCCCCGUCUACCUGGACGAGAGAGGGAAACAGAAAUAAUUAAACUGGGGGGGUACAAGCCGCAGCUUGUUCCUCGGCCACUUCUCCACCGGACGACAGCCGCGCCUCUCCGGGAGGAUCAUAGGCAGUCCUCCAGCCCCUGGCAGAUGGAACGCCCCGCCACGUUCUCGGGGAACAAAAGGGGUCUCCCCCGCUCCAGGCGGUCGGCAGCGAGCCCCUCCCUGCUCGCGGUCUCGAACCCCACUGCGUUUCAGCGGCUGGUAGGCGACUCCUAUGCCCCUGGCAGCGGCCCUGACAGCUCCAGGCGGUCGGUUAUGAGCCCCUUCUUCCCUCGCGGUCAUCGUCAGCUUCCAGGCAGCUGGGCUCCUCGUCCCCCGGCAGAUGGCCGCGGCUGCUCAGUUGGAGUGGAUGGUAGUGGCGAGAACUCUACUACGGCGUAUCCCUCCUCCUUCCCGGGUUUCGGCACCAGCGUAACGUAGUUCAAGGGAAAGGAGGCGGCAAGAACCGGCUUGACAAUGUAAAUAUUUACAUUGUUCUCUGAGGCUUGAUUAGCCUAAUACGAGACCGGGUGUGUAGGAUCACGACCCGGCCCCGCUCUCCGCCCUGCCACAGUCAUGUAGACACUGUUCCUUUAUCACGGUAAUGUCAUAAACAGAAACAGUGCAUGCAUGAACCGAUCUACACCCAUAUGGUUUUGCAAGUAAAACCAGCGUUCUGAGCGGCUUAUCCAAUGUUUGCAAUUCUAUUUGUGGUUAUCAGUGUAUUAAUGUGCAUGUAAAUGCCCUCAGUGUAGCAUACUUCUGUUUAUCAUUGCAUACUAUUUUUAAAAUGUAGUAUGCAUGCACAGCCUAUGUUCACCUCAUCAGGUUUAAUGAGAUCAUUUCAAACCGCUGUCACUUCCCUUACGAGUAUUAA